GAUCUAGGAUUUGGGUUUCUCUCUCAAACAUCAUCUUCUUCCUCCUUUCCUCCUCCUUGCUCAUCCUUCUUCUUUCUUCUUCUUAUUCUUUUUCUCUCUAUUCUCCCUUCCUUUUUUGAGUUCUCUGUUUGCAGCAAACAAUGGCAAGAGGUUCUUCACAAUCCCAAGCCUCUUCCUCAUCCACCUCAAGGCCUGGCGUCAUGGCCCCUACACGGCUCAGCAGCAACAACGGCUAGUAUGCGUCAUCGCAAGCUCAUUGUAGGCUCGGUCGCAUCCGAAUUUGGCUUUGUCAACUCCGACUUUGACAGUAACAUGCAUCGGGAUCUGGCUCACUGUAGGCUUGGACAACAGUUGAUGAUGACUCCGACUUGAAGAUCUCGCCCACCGUUGUCCUUGUCAUGAGUCUCUACUUCAUCGGCUUUGUCACCGCUCUUUAUGUGUUUAGCAAGCUCUAUUGCUCCAAAUCUGGAGCCGGAGCAUGAUUCAUGUCCCAUUCACAAUUCCUGUUUCAGAUCCUUUUUUUAGUCAUGUUUCAAUUUUAGCUAUGUAAAUGAUGGCAGGAUUGCAAUAUCUAA